GGAGGAAAAAACCUCAGGCAAAAGACCUUUUCGUCUGACAGAAACAUCUUGGAUGGCCUGGGAGCUCAGACAAUUACUUGGCGGGAAAAGAAUAAAUACAGACCAAAUUCUCACAAUCUGUUUCUGUUUAGUUUAUAAACUGCGAUCGACUCUGGCAGCUUUCGUGCCUUGUGGGACUUGAAGUCCAGAGGGGAGAAGUGAUCAGGACUGUUGAAGCUUGGAAGCCGGCGGCCCCUGCAGGUCUGAGCAGUAAGGACUACAACUCCCGACACACACCGCGAGGCCGCGCCGUAAUUACCGGCAACCAACCGGAUCCGAGCAGGACAAGCCCCAGCCCCAGGCUCGGAGGACUGCCUCCACCAAUGGCAGAGCUCCCACCGCAAAGCCUGUGGGUUAGGUUGUGAGGCUCCGGCGGGGGCGGGGAGGAGCCGAGGGGGUUCAGAAAAAGCUCGGCCGCCGGGUGGGUCGGGGCGUUCGGCGCGCCCUUCACUGAAGCGGCGGUGGCCGGGCUGGGCGCCGGGAGUGGGAAGCGACGGCGCGGCUGGAAAAUGCCAGUCCAUUCCCGAGGGGAUAAGAAGGAGACGAACCAUCACGAUGAGAUGGAGGUGGACUACGCCGAAAACGAGGGGAGCAGCUCCGAGGACGAGGACACCGAGAGCUCGUCGGUCUCCGAGGAUGGAGAUAGCUCAGAAAUGGAUGAUGAAGACUGUGAAAGAAGAAGAAUGGAAUGUUUAGAUGAAAUGUCCAAUCUUGAGAAACAGUUUACCGAUCUCAAGGAUCAACUUUAUAAAGAACGAUUAAGUCAGGUGGAUGCAAAACUACAAGAAGUCAUAGCUGGAAAAGCACCAGAAUAUUUGGAACCACUGGCAACUUUACAAGAAAAUAUGCAAAUUCGUACAAAGGUAGCAGGAAUCUAUAGAGAGCUCUGCUUAGAAUCUGUAAAGAACAAAUAUGAAUGUGAAAUUCAAGCUUCUCGCCAGCAUUGUGAGAGUGAAAAGCUUUUGUUAUAUGAUACAGUGCAGAGUGAACUAGAGGAGAAGAUAAGAAGGCUUGAAGAGGACAGGCACAGUAUUGAUAUUACCUCAGAGCUGUGGAACGAUGAGCUUCAGUCAAGAAAAAAGAGGAAGGACCCUUUCAGUCCUGACAAAAAGAAGCCAGUUGUGGUUUCAGGUCCGUAUAUAGUUUAUAUGCUACAAGAUCUUGAUAUUCUUGAAGACUGGACAACAAUAAGGAAGGCGAUGGCUACACUGGGUCCACACAGAGUGAAAACAGAACUUUUUGAACUGAUCCCUUUAGCACCUGUGAAACUGGAAAAACACCUGCACAGUGCUAGAUCUGAAGAGGGAAGAUUGUAUUAUGAUGGUGAAUGGUAUAUACGUGGACAGACAAUAUGUAUUGACAAAAAAGAUGAAUGUCCUACAAGUGCUGUAAUUACAACAAUUAACCAUGAUGAAGUUUGGUUUAAGAGGCCUGAUGGAAGCAAAUCUAAGCUUUACAUUUCACAGCUACAGAAAGGAAAAUAUUCAAUUAAACAUUCGUAAUCAUGAUUUAAGUGUUAUCUAAAUCUACCUUAUUAGUGUUACCAAGUAUGAUGUGCCAUGGGAAUAAAAAAAAUGUAUUCAGUAACUUAAUAUUCUCAUCGAAUCAUGAGAGACUGUGUAUUUGUAGGUAGUACUCUAAGUAGACCUCAUGUUAAUACGUUAUUAAAAGAGACAGUGAUAAAAGUUUAAUCAUUAUCAUUACAUUUAUUUGCCUUUUUGGCCCAGUGACCAAUAGGUAUAUAUGGUAGGGGUUUCUUACUAAACUUUUUUCUUUGGUUUUUAUGUAAAUCUGUCUUACCUUUAGUGAACUAUGUUAGCAAUGGCUACAUUUAUCUGCAGUUUUCUUGAUUUUCAGUAUCUUUGUCACUGAUCAUGUAUUUGUAAAUAAGCCCGAUAAAAUGUUUCCUAUAAAUGGUUUGUAAUAGUACAUUUGUGUUAAAUCAGAAUUGAAAUUUAAACGUAUAUACGUGAGUAUGUAUAGAUGGCAUCAUCAGCUUAUUUAGAACUGAUGGCCUUACUUUGCAAUCUUGUGUUACCCCAAAUUAAGCUAUUGGGUUUGAAAGCUAAAAGGAGCACUUUUGUAGACUAGCAGCUUUCCUUCUCCUUUUCCUUGAUUGUAUGGAGGUGACCUAUUUUUACAAAUUAUACUUCAUGUUGAUUAGUAAAAUUAGUGUCAAGUAAUAACAUGCUUCUACCUGUAUUUCUUGUGAACCUUUAGAGGGCAGGUAUAUAUGCCUGGUAUUUAUGAUGCAGUAUGUAAGUGGUGUACAGUAACUGACAGUAUUGUGGUGCUUGCUGUACAUGUCUGAUCUUUUGAAGCAGAUUUUUAGUAAGCAUUUUCCAGUGGUAAAACUAGGUUCGUAUCCUAAUUUUAUUCCUAGGGCAAAAUAGACAGGGAUGAUCUCCUUGAAUCUAUUCCCAAAUUAAUAUUUUUAUCUUUGGUGUUUCUACACUAAGGCCACUUGGUGCAAUUUAGAAAGUAUUGGCCUCUCUUCCCCUAGUCACAUUCAAAAUUAACUUCUAAAACCUCAGGAACAGUACAGGGAAUUGAAACCCUCAAUAUGGCAGCACAAUUGGCUGUAGUAUAUAUUAGGGUACAACCAAAUCAGGUAUUCCUGGUGGUCUUGUGCACUUUAACUUCUGUUAUACGGAGACUUAAGAGGAUGAGGAAGAGAUCUACUUAUUAACACUUAGGGCAGGAAUAUCUGCAUUUUUCCAUUUGUUUUCUCACUAUUUUACCUCUGCAAACAUCUUCCUGUGCAGAUCACUACUUCACAGUUGCCAAAUGUUAAAAUAUUUGACUUCUGAAAUUCAUUAUCAGCAGUUAUGUACGUUGUUCUGUUUCUAAUUAACCUUAGCAAAUGUACAUAAUGUCAUAAUCUGAUAGUAUUUGACAGUACUUAUGUAUACAAUGUUUCAUAAGCAUUUUUAAUAAUAUUUGGAUUUUUAAAUUUAGUAUAUAAUAAAAAGAUGUGUUUGUGUGUCA